UUUGAUUGGCGUCGUGUUCUCUGGUAGUCUGCCGCGGGACCAGGACAGACAGCUGAGAGGGGGGGGGGGACUGAAUGUCCAACCGGGACAUGUCGGUGGACUACCGCGACCUCGCAACGCACGAUUAACAGUGGGUCAGCAGUGCCAGAGAAGACGAUUGGAGGACAGAAGACGUAGUUGCAGAACUGCUGGUGAUUUACGAGCGGUUUGCCUUAGCAUACUUGUGGCGGCAGAGAGGAAGAAGGAAGUCUUGGCCAUGGUCACGGCAAUGGAGGACGCCUGUCCCAAUGGGGUACGGGAGGAGGAGGAGGAGAAGGAGGAGGUGACGCCCCCGGGACAGCUCGGCGUGGAGGGGCCCGCGGCAGUGCAGUCCGCCCAGGAAGCAGAUACGUCCGGAGGCAUGCAGCAGGUGUUGGAUAACCUGGGCGAGCUCCCCACCUCCACGGGAGCCAAGGACAUCGACCUGCUCUUCCUGCGCGGCAUCAUGGAAAGUCCCACGGCUCACGAACAGCCGGAGGAAGUGAAGCUGGAGGCGGUGCAGGACAACAACGUGGAGCUGGUGACGGAUAUCCUGGGCGACAUCAACAAUCUCCAGGUGAAAGACGACAGCGCGGCCGAACUGUCAAGGAUCCUCAAGGAGCCUCACUUCCAGUCUCUUUUGGAGGCACAUGACAUGGUGGCUUCUAAGUGCUACGAAGUCCCGCCCCCGACCGAGCCCACCAAUGACGCGGCAGUGAACAGCGCUCUGAUGCAGGCGGAUGCCGUGCGCAUGAUUGGCAUCCGAAAGAAGGCCGGGGAGCCGCUGGGCGUGACAUUCCGCGUGGAGAAGGACGACCUCGUCAUCGCUAGGAUCCUGCACGGCGCCAUGAUUGACAGACAGGGUCUGCUCCACGUGGGCGACAUCAUAAAGGAGGUGAACGGGAAGGACGUCGGCAACAACCCCACCGAGCUGCAGGAGAUGCUCAAGGACUGCAGCGGGGGGAUCACACUGAAAAUACUCCCGAGCUACCGAGACGCUCCCGCCCCCCCGCAGGUGUAUGUGCGCCCGUACUUUGACUACGACCCGGCAAAUGACAGCCUGAUCCCUUGCCGGGAGGCGGGGAUGGCCUUCAAGAAAGGCGACAUCCUUCAGAUUGUCAACCGAGAGGAUCCCAACUGGUGGCAGGCGUGCCAUGUGGUCGCCGGGGCAACCGGACUGAUACCCAGUCAGUUCUUGGAGGAGAAAAGGAAAGCGUUUGUCCCCCGAGACUUUGAUGGAUCAGGAAUCCUUUGUGGGACCAUAGCUGGGAAGAAGAAGAAGAAGAUGAUGUACCUGACAGCCAAGAAUGCCGAGUUUGACAGACACGAGCUGCAGAUCUACGAGGAAGUGGCCAAGGUGCCGGCCUUCCAGAGGAAGACGCUGGUUCUGAUUGGUGCUCAGGGCGUGGGGCGGCGCAGCCUGAAGAAUCGGCUGAUUGUCCUGCAGCCCACGUGCUUCGGCACCACCAUGCCCUACACUUCGCGGCGGCCCCGUGACGACGAGCUGGACGGAAACUCCUACCACUUCACCUCGAGGACGGAGAUGGAGGCGGACGUGAAGGCCGGCCGCUUCCUGGAGCACGGCGAGUACGACGGCAACCUGUACGGCACGAAGAUCGAGUCCAUCCACGAGGUGGUGGGCACGGGACGCACCUGCAUCCUGGAUGUCAACCCGCAGGCUCUGAAAGUACUGAAAACAGCCGAGUUCAUGCCGUACGUGGUGUUCAUCGCGGCGCCAGAUUUUGACACCCUGAAGGCCAUGCACAAAGCCGUGGUGGACGCCGGAAUCACCACCAAGCAACUCACGGACGUGGACCUGAGGAAGACGGUGGAUGAGAGCGCUCGGAUCCAAAGGGCUUACAGCCACUACUUUGACCUGACCAUCGUCAACGACAACCUGGACAAGGCCUUCGAGACGUUACACGCCGGCGUGGACAAACUGUGCAGUGAACCCCAGUGGGUCCCGGUGAACUGGGUGUACUGAGGCCCGCCGAGGAGGAAGAGUCUGCAAAAUAACAUAAGUAGUAAAAGAAAAAAAAAGAAAAGAAAUCCUGUUGCUCUUUCUCCUCUUGCACGGCGUGCAACUUUUUUUCUACUCAAAACUCAAAGGGAAAGAGUGCUUAUUUAUUUUAUAACUUUUUACGAAAGAUCUUUCUAUUCAAUGUGGAAUUCCAUUGAGAACGAGACAAAGAAAUCUGGUCACGUACUCGGGCCAUAUUUUUGCAUUAAUUUAUUGUCGUAGUUGCGUUUCUUGUUUCGUAGUCGUUUCCCUUGAUUUUAAUUUGUCCGUCUGUGUUUGGUGGACGACGUCCAAAAUGAAGACAAGAGAAGGGGCCGGAGGAGAAGACCUUUGAACCCCGAGUCAGUGUCACACGCCUGAGCGACCCGUCUAGCCGGUUUCAUCUUCACGUCCAAACUACUUAAUCCUUUAGUGUCUUUGUGUAGCCGACCCCAAAAAGCUCCUUCGCCUGUGUCGUCCACAGGAUCAACGCCCGUAUGCGCACAACUACUCUAGUAUGUAAAAGAAGAAAAAACCCCGUCUUCUCUAAUAGAUCAAACAACGCUAAUUCUGUCUAGCUUUUUCAUUUUCUUAGUAGUUUUUCAUCAGUGUGGUGAUUUAUACGUGUAGUGUAGCGUUUUGUCACACUUGAUCCAUUGAUUGAUUUUUAAAUACCCUGUCUGAAGUAUGAUCAUCUACAUUGUCUCCCCCCCCCCCCUCUCAUCUCUACUCUCUACAUGAGCCAAUUUGUUAAUGUUUUACAUAUAUACAUAUGUGUGUAUAUAUGAAUGUGGCACAAAUAAAGCCCCUCCUUAUUGUCCUUCGCUUACAUGUUGCAGUAUGCCAAAGCCCAUCCUACUCCAAAUAAAGUUUAAAAUUCACCCCUUGUUGAAAGUGAUUGGUGAUUUUAACUGCAGGGCGACGUAAACGUGGGAGAAACGUAUAGACUUUGGAUGGGAAAUACAUGUCAAGAGGUAAAAGUAACACUACUGUAUUGUUUUAAAAUGUUUUUCCUUUUCAAAACAAGUAAAAAUACUAUUGUCUCGAAAGCACAAACACCUAAUAAAUGACCACGUAUGAAGAUUC